UCUCUUCUGGCUCGGGGAGGCGUGAUUCUGAGGGGGCCCAGGACCCAGGGGCCAGGUAACUCCUUCAGUUUUACUUGAGAUUUGGGUGUAUACACGUAUCUGUCUUUCGAUCCGUUGUGUUGCGUCAGCCCAAAACGAGAUCGAAAAAUGCUCUCCUCCCGGCUAUUUCGUCAGCUGUUGAAUGCUAACAGCUGUAGUCUACGAGCCGUCCUUGUCAAUUCUCGACUGGCUUCAACUCUCACUGGGAAUGAAUCAUUAUCAGAAGAUGACCCAGAGGUCUGGGAGCUUGUUAAGGAGGAGAAGAAAAGGCAGCUGAAAGGGUUGGAACUUAUUGCCUCAGAGAACUUCUGCACCAAAGCAGGUUUAGAAGCCUUAGGUUCCUGUCUUAACAACAAAUAUUCUGAGGGCUAUCCAGGUCAGAGGUACUAUGGUGGUACGGAUAUCAUUGACAAGGUUGAGGAACUCUGUCGAAAGCGGGCACUAGAUGCAUUUCGCCUUAAGCCAGAGGACUGGGGAGCCAAUGUGCAGCCUUACUCAGGUUCACCCGCCAAUUUUGCUGUUUACACAGGACUGUUGAACCCUCAUGACAGAAUCAUGGGGCUGGAUCUCCCUGAAGGAGGACAUUUAACUCAUGGCUUCAUGACAGACACCAAGAGAAUAUCAGCAACUUCAAUAUAUUUUGAAUCUAUGCCAUAUAGAUUAAAUCCAAGGACUGGACAGAUAGAUUAUGACAAAUUGUAUGAACAUGCUCGCCUGUUUAGACCACGUAUGAUAAUUGCUGGUGCUAGUGCCUAUGCCAGACUCAUAGAUUACAAGAGAAUGAGAGAGAUAUCAGAUGAAGUUAAUGCAGUACUUCUGGCAGACAUGGCUCAUAUCUCAGGUCUGGUUGCAGCAGAUUUGAUUCCUUCACCAUUUGACUACUGCCAUGUUGUUACAACCACCACCCAUAAGACACUGAGAGGACCAAGGUCAGGUUUAAUAUUUUUCCGACGAGGAGUUAAAUCCAUCAACAAAAAGACUGGAAAAGAGAUAAAAUAUGACCUAGAACAACGCAUAAACCAAGCACUUUUCCCAGGGCUCCAGGGUGGUCCCCAUAAUCAUGCUAUUGCUUCUGUUGCUGUAGCUCUGAGACAGGCUCAAACCCCAGAAUUUCGGGCAUAUCAAGAACAGGUUUUGAGUAACUGUAAAACUAUGGCAGAAGAACUUCUAAACCGUGACUUUGUGCUGGUUUCAGGAGGAACUGACAACCAUUUAGUGUUAGUAGAUUUACGACCCAAAGGACUGGAUGGUGCUAGAGUUGAAACCGUUUGCAAUGCCUGCAAUAUCACAGUUAACAAGAACUCUGUUCCUGGUGACAAGAGUGCUUUAAAUCCUGGGGGCUUGAGAUUAGGUACUCCAGCUCUAACGUCACGUAACUUCACGAAUCAAGAUUUUGUGUAUGUUGUUGAACUUCUUGACAAAGCCUGUGCUAUUGCUUUAGAGGCUACUGCAAAGUCUGGAAAGAAACUAGCUGACUUCAAAGCCACUUUAGUCAAUGAUCCAGAAAUUGCUGGAAAGCUAAAAGACCUACAGAAAUCUGUAAAUGAAUUUAGCUUGAAGUUUCCUAUGCCUGGUUUUGAUGAUCACUGAUAGGUUAUCCUAACGUUAUUAAAGUACGUAUAUUAAAUUUUCCAAGGUUAUCAUGUGCCAUCAUCAAUAUUUUUAAAUAUAUUGUUACUGUAUUCUCUGAAUUACAGGUUUAAAGUGAGUAUAGUGCCUGAUGAAACUUAUCACAACUGGUUAUAUACUAUAUAUGUUAAGGGUAUUAACAAAUUGCCCAAGUCAUGUGAAAUUUUUUAUCAAAGCUGUUUUUCUUCAGACAAUGAACUAACAAAAAUCUACAUUACCUAAAAAUAAAUUUUGUUGUAUAGACUGCAAAGAAACUGUGUGGAUACAUAAAAAUAAAUUUUGUUGUAUACACUGCUAGGAAAAUGUGUGGAAUCAGUUUGUGUUGAUAGGAAAUAGAAAAGGAUGGACCCAAUUUUUUAAUCACAUUGUCAUGAAGGAUUGAGAUAGGAUGAAAUUGUGUGUGUUAUGUAUAUUAUCAGAUAUUGUACAGUUACUGUAAAAUUAUUUCCUUGUCAAGUUGGCUAAUGUAUUUGGUUGGUAGUCCUUUAUUUAUGGCCCUCAUAAGAUAUACACCAUGAAUGGGUUGAAGGGCAACAUUGCAGUAUGGUGCAGUACAAAAUUUAGAUUUACAUCUUGUACUGAAAUGUAUUUGUUAAAUACGUAAUGCAUUUCUUCUUGGGGGUCUGUAUGGUACCAUGAAGGGAAAAUGCUAACUGAACAUGCAUUUUAUGGGCUGCCCAAGACCAAGAGUCUGUGCUGACAUAAGGCUAACUCAAAGUAAAGAACAAGCAUUUUCUUGCAAGUUCAGUGAAGUAUGGUACUUGUACUCCACAAAAGUGCAGUUUUUAUUAUAAGACUAAAAAAAAGCUGAAAUUGAAAAAAAAAUGUUUGCAAUUAAUAUAAUCAUUUCAAAUCAAUUAUUUUAGUAUGUAAGAUAUCCAUUAAAGGCUGUGAAGAUACAAUAUAUAUUUAUAGUAUUGUAACACUCAAUUGGAAGUAUUCAUGAAUUUUAGGUAUACUUAAUAGUGAUUUAGUUAAUAUGGGAUGUUUUGGGUAAUCUAAGAAUAAUACAUUGUAUGAUUGUAUGAGAUUUUCUAGUAUCAGGCAACUGAUGUACUUAUCAUACGAUUUCAAUCUGGAUCUUUAAUCAAAUUAUUUAUUGAUUACAGCACAAAAAUUCCUAAAUUAAUUUAAAUACAGGAUAACUAUUGAAUCAACUUAUUGAACUCAUAUUUACAGAGUGAUAAAAUCCUGAAGGCAAUGCAAAACAAUCCAGUAUUAUGUGGAAUACUGUAUUAUACAGAUGCCAUUGUAUUGUCUUUGCCUUACUACAAAGGUCAGUAGUAGAGACAAUUUUUAACUUACUGUCAUGUAGCCUUCAGGUACAUCCAAUAUUUACGAAUAAAACUGGCAAACUAUGGUAACUACCUGUAUGAAAUCUCUCUAACUGCACAAGUACUUUUUGUAUGUAACAUGAAAUCCUGUACUUGAAUGCAUGACUAGGAUAUCAAGAGUUAUUUUGUUACUCUGUUAGAUACUCUUUUUCCAAACCCUAAGUUGAAAGCAACAGAACUGGAAAAAAAAUUGCUCCCAGAAAUUUUACAAUUCUAGUCUAUAUGCAAGGAUCUACAAGGAUUUUUUUUUUUUUUUGGGGGGGGGGGGGGGGGGGAAGUUUCAAUCUUUUAUCAAUAUUGAAUGGGGAAUUAAACAUUGUAAAUUUAUUGACAAUUGAACAAGACUGUAGGAAAGCUCAUUGUCAUAAAUCAUCUUCAACAUAUAUCGGGCUAAAACGUCUGUUGUGGGAAAAAAUUAUUUUUACUUCUAGGUUGUUAAUUUUAAUUAUGUUGACAAUAAAGAAAUGCUUGGU